ACUCUUGCAAAGUUAGGCGAACUUCCAUCACUACUCACUCACCGGCUGCCUGCUCAGUGCUGAGCCGUUCACGUAUGGCCUGUGCGCGUUCCCGUUUUGGAGAGAUCGGUGCCAUCUCCGCUCGCCUUGAGGAAAAGGUGCUUUGUUUCUCAAAGCUAUAAUUCAAGAAAACUGACCAAAUGUAUAGAACAUUGUUCCAUGAAUGAUCUGUAGUUGGAAAUUCAACUCGAUUCAGAUGAGCGACCAGCCAUAACCACCAAGCCCAGACAACCAGAACCCUGGUCAGAACCCCUUUCUCUCCCCCUGUUGCCGACUGCCGACACCCUGGGACCCGUCGUCGCCAUGGAGACGGUGGUGAUCGUGGCCAUUGGGGUGCUGGCCACCAUCUUCCUGGCCUCCUUCAUUGCCCUGGUGGUGGUGUGUCGACACCGCUACUGCCACCCCCACCACCUGCUGCACCACUUCAACUCCAAGCCCAAUGGACUGACCUGCUGGUUUGAAGCUAUAAGUCUAUGGAUUGAACAGAGCGACUUCACAGCACUAAGACCCAGUGUUGACCUGAUCGGUGCCAUGGAGACCCAGAGUGAGCCGUCUGAGCUGGAGCUGGACGACGUGGUCAUCACCAACCCUCACAUCGAGGCCAUCCUGGAGAACGAGGACUGGAUCGAGGACGCCUCUGGAUUGGUUUCACAUUGUAUCUCCAUCUUAAAGAUCUGCCACACCCUGACUGAAAAGCUGGUUGCCAUGACAAUGGGCUCAGGCGCUAAGGUGAAAGCCCCAGCCAGCCUCAGUGACAUCAUCACUGUGGCUAAACGCAUCAGUCCGAGGGUGGAUGACGUUGUGCGGUCAAUGUACCCUCCCCUGGACCCCAUACUUCUUGAUGCCAGGGCCACCGCCCUCCUCCUGUCAGUCAGUCACCUGGUGCUGGUGACACGCAACGCCUGCCACAUGUCUGGCAGCAUGGACUGGAUCGACCAAUCACUGCACGCCGCUGAGGAUCACAUGGUGGUGCUGCGGGAGGCGGCGCUAGCGUCUGAACCAGAACGGAGUCUACCUGGAAUAGAUGUGCAGAGAGAGCAGGCUAUCUAGAACACACAGACAUGUACAUACACACAUGCACACACACAUUCACAUAGGCAAGCAGGCACAUACACUCCUUCUCUAUAUAUCAUACAAAUAGACACAUUAAUGCACAUCUCGGGCACAUUCUCACGCAUACACAAUGCUUGAUAAACACACAAUUUAAAAAACUCAACACAUUCCCAAAACACACAUUCCCAAAACACACAUUCCCAAUGAUCUUUCUCACUGUUCUGUGCUGAUUUACAUACAGAUGGGUUGCUAGAUAAUAGAAAAGAGCUGGUUUUAGAAAAGGAUGGGUUGCCAGAUCCUUGUGCUAUUUUGCUCUUGAUCCUUUCACUUUUACCAUGUUUCUGGUUUUGUAUAUAGUUAUGUAUAACCAUAAUGUAUGUUAUGAUUAGGAUUUAUAUAGAUUUUAUGUUACACUCUCAGACUCAGAUUGUUUUGUAAGUGGAGAGCUCACUGAGACAGGCUUGUGUGUAGUUGUUGCCAUGGACGACUGCCCCCUUGACAUUCCUUCCUGGGUGUCGUCCAUCUCCCAGCGGUGAGCUAUAAUCCACCCCGUUAGGAGUGCACAGUCACAUGGAAGCUUACAUUUAGUCAGACUAAUCCAUGUGGGGGAAAACCCUUGGACACCCAAUAGGACCAAAGGCCUGGGAAAUACAUGCACACCUACUCAGAGCAAUACACUCUUACUUAGAGCAAUACACUCUUACUCAGAGCAAUACACUCUUACUCAGAGCAAUACACUCUUACUCAGAGCAAUACACUCUUACUCAGAGCAAUACACUCUUACUCAGAGCAAUACACUGCUACUCAGAGCAAUACACUACUACUCAGAGCAAUACACAGCUACUCAGCGCAAUACACUACUACUCAGAGCAAUACACUCUUACUUAGAGCAAUACACUCUUACUCAGAGCAAUACACUCUUACUCAGAUCAAUACACUCUUACUCAGAGCAAUACACUCUUACUCAGAGCAAUACACUCUUACUCAGAUCAAUACACUCUUACUGAGAGCAAUGCACUGCUACUCAGAGAAAUACACUGCUACUCAGAGCAAUACACUGCUACUCAGAGCAAUACACAACUACUCAGAGCAAUACACUCUUACUUAGAGAAAUACACUGCUACUCAGAUCAAUACACUACUGCUCAGAGCAAUACUCUUAUUUAGAGAAAUACACUCUUAGAGCAAUACACUCUUACUUAGAGCAAUGCACUGAUACUCAGAGCAAUACACUGCUACUCAGAGCAAUACACUGCUACUCAGAUCAAUACACUGCUACUUAGAGCAAUACACUCUUACAUAGAGCAAUACACUGCUACUUAGAGCAAUACACUGCUACUUAGAACCCGGAGUCAAAUAAUUCAAGCUCUGAAAUUCAGCCUAAGAGAAGACUGCCAGUAUAACUGCAGCCUACAUCAGAUAAGCAGAGCUCUGUGAUGGAAUGAUAUUGAUUGAGAUGAAACAUGAAAAAAAGUGUCCACUCCUUUAUUUUCCUGGUUUCCGUCGUUUUAUUACAAUUGAUUGCUUUUGUAUGUAAGCUCUCCUGUCUGUGUUUUCUCCUCCCCACCCACCGUUCGUUAGUGAUGUUUCCUUAUCUCCUGCCUUUUUCACCUUUCUCUUUUUUUCCCCCUUCAUUGAUUUGUACAGGUAAAUUAAAGUUUCAUAGGAAAAUGUG